UCUCACUCACUCACUCCGAACCAAACCACUCAACAACACUAGUACAAGCUAAUCCAACCCACCUGGUAUCUGCAGCCUCCACCACCAACCCUUUCACUUUCCUCUUCUUCUCCGAUGGCAACAUCACUCGCUUCUCAACUCUCCGUCGGCCUCCGCCGCCCAUCCCCCAAGCUCGAUUCUCUCAAUUCUCAAUCCACCCAUUCCCUCUUCCAUUCCAAUCUUCGCCUUCCAAUCUCUUCUUCCAAACCCUCCCGCUCCGUCAUCGCCAUGGCUGGCUCUGGCAAGUUCUUUGUUGGAGGCAACUGGAAGUGUAAUGGCACAAAAGACUCUAUCAGCAAGCUUGUCGCUGACUUGAACAGUGCAAAAUUGGAGCCUGAUGUUGAUGUUGUUGUUGCACCUCCCUUUGUGUACAUCGAUCAGGUGAAGAACUCCAUUACAGAUAGGAUUGAAGUAUCUGCCCAGAAUUCUUGGGUGAGUAAAGGUGGUGCUUUCACUGGAGAAAUCAGCGUGGAACAACUGAAAGACCAUGGAGUCAAGUGGGUCAUUCUUGGACAUUCCGAGCGAAGACAUAUCAUUGGAGAAAAAGAUGAGUUUAUAGGAAAGAAAGCUGCCUAUGCUUUGACCGAGGGUCUUGGAGUGAUUGCAUGCAUCGGGGAGUUGUUAGAAGAAAGGGAAGCUGGGAAAACAUUUGAUGUCUGUUUCCAGCAAUUGAAGGCUUAUGCAGAUGCAGUGCCUAGUUGGGAUAAUAUAGUCAUUGCAUAUGAACCUGUCUGGGCCAUUGGAACUGGCAAAGUGGCCUUGCCCGAGCAAGCUCAGGAAGUACACGCAGCUAUUCGUGAUUGGCUUCAAAAGAAUGUCUCCGCUGAAGUUGCAUCUAAAACGCGAAUUAUUUAUGGAGGAUCUGUGAAUGGAGGCAACAGUUCUGAGCUUGCAAAGAAAGAAGAUAUUGAUGGAUUUCUUGUUGGAGGUGCUUCAUUGAAGGGUCCUGAGUUUGCUACUAUUAUCAAUUCAGUCACAUCCAAAAAAGUUGCGGCUUGAUUACUUAAUGGGGUUUUGAUGAUAUGAGAGCAUUAAAAGAUAAAAAAGGGGCUAGUCUUAUAAGAGGCAAUAAUGUGUGUUGUAUUAUUAUAACAGUUUGGUCUUGAUGGAUCAGUAGGGAAAGCACCCUCUCAGUUUUCCAAAGAGCCAGUGUUUUUCUGGUAGCAAUUAGAGAUACAAAACAUGUUUAAAGGCAAUAAAUAUUUCUGAACUAUUGUUGCUUUACAUACUUCACCUCAAUAUUAAUAAAUGUUGGUUUUGUUUA